AUGGCAUUCAGGAGGCAAGUGAAGAACUUUGUGAAAAAUUACUCAGAUGCUGAAAUAAAAGUCAGGGAAGCAACUUCUAAUGACCCUUGGGGUCCCUCCAGUUCUCUGAUGCUAGAUAUCAGUGACUUGACUUUCAACACCAUUUCUCUCUCAGAGAUUAUGAAUAUGCUAUGGCAGAGACUCAGUGACCAUGGGAAAAACUGGCGCCAUGUGUAUAAAUCCCUUACACUGAUGGAUUAUCUCAUCAAGAAUGGAUCAAAGAAAGUUAUUCAGCAUUGCAGAGAGGGCUUCUUUAAACUUCAAAUGCUAAAAGACUUUCAACACAUAGAUGAAGCUGGAAAAGACCAAGGCCAUUACAUCCGGGAAAAGUCUAAGCAAGUUAUAACAUUACUGAUGGAUGAACAAUUGCUGUGUAAAGAGAGGGAAGUGGCAUGUCGGACUAGACGGCGUACCUCCUACUCCAUGACAUUUCCCAAAAGAAUACCUGGUACAGGUAACUCACCGACGGCUUGUGCUUCUGCCCCCACACCAGAAAUUUCUGCUUCAGAAAAGAGCCAAAAGCUUCAUAAGAUUGCUGGGCUACAUAGUAAAGAUCCAAAACCACCCUUGCCAAUAAUACCUCCUUGUAUUACCUCUUCAACUACAUGGUUGUCAGAUGGGGAAGUGGAAGUCUCCAACCUCUGUGAUGCAGAUGCUAUGCCUACCUCCUCAGAAAAAAGUCCCUCUCUGCAGACAAGUGUGAGCUUGGACAAGGAAUCAAAGAACACCAGUUCGAAUACUGUAAUAGAAAACCCCUUUCAAACACCUCAGGGAAAGCAAGAAACCAUAAAAACUGUUGAAAUGUUGACAACUUUACCAGCAUGUUGGUCAAGUAAAGAAGAAUUUAGCAGCCCCAAUUCAAGGCUGUCAAAGUCAGAGUCUACUUUCUAUAACCAGUCUUCUGUAGAGACACUGUAUGUCUCUCCCUCUUUCAAAACAGUUAAACCAGUAACGGAGAUUGUAAUCGGUAAGGACCUUCAGAAGCCAACACAAGCCAGCACUGUUCAGAUGGAUAAUGAAGACCUUAAGACCUUAAAUACAUGGGUUUCAACUACCUCUGAGAGAACAUCGUCCUUUUCUGCUUCCUCCGUGUCACCUCCUGAUGCAGCCCCUCCGGAGAAGCCAGUUCUCCACUUCUCCGUAGACCUGCCCCAGCCUUCCUUGUGGGCUCUGCCACAUCCACAGUGGUCUUCUACUUUCAUUAAACAUGAAGAUAAGACCACCAGGGCCCACCACCCCUUCACGCCUAGGGGCCUGAUGUCUUCUGAUGAAGAGGAAGAUGACAAUCUCAACCUGCUGGAAAUGCUUCCAGAUAGUUCUGAUUCUGUUAAAAAUCAGAUGAGUCAUAUUUCCAGUAGUAACUGGGUAGCUUUUCCCACCCAAAAUGUAGACAGCAUUCCCUCCUGCUCUGAUUUUCAGCCAACCAAAGUAAACCUGCCUAGGGAACCUGAUGACACAAAUAGCUCCGUUAAAGUACUUUUAGGGGAGGUGAAAAGUGCAAUCAUAAGACUCCAUGAAGAUCUGAGCACAGUGAUACAGGAGCUCAGUGUCAUCAACAGCCACCUGGUAAGCAUGAGUGGGAGCAGCCUGCAGGUCAGCAAACCCUUGUAG